GAGAUGGCUUCUGUGGGCAUGCAGUUACUGGCUUGUGUCCUGGCUGUGUCUGGCUGGAUUGGGGUAAUUAUUGUAUGUGUUUUACCCACGUGGAGAGUUUCGGCCUUUAUCGGUACAAAUAUUGUGACUUCUCAGAUUUUCUGGGAGGGAAUCUGGAUGAGUUGUGUGGUGGAGAGCACAGGACAGAUGCAAUGUAAAGUCUAUGACUCCAUGCUGGCCCUGAGCCCUGACCUACAGGGUGCUCGUGCCCUGGUUGUGGUUUCCAUCCUGUCGGGAAUGGCUGGGAUUCUCAUGGCACUUGUCUCGGGGAAGUGUACCAACUUCAUCGUGGAGGAAAUAGGAAAAAUGAAAGCCUCCAUUGCUGCUGGUGUGGUUCUCAUCAUCUCUGGAGCUCUGUGCCUCAUUGCUGUGUCCUGGACUGCCGUCAUUAUAAUAAACGACUUCUACAAUCCUCUGUUAUUGGAUGCCCAGCGCAGGGAGCUGGGCGCUUCGCUCUAUCUUGGCUGGGCAGCAGGAAUUCUUCUGGUUAUUGGAGGAGGGCUGCUUUGUAGUUCUUGCCCAUCAAAAAGGAACAACACAACAUCCAUCAUCUAUAACCCUAUAAAGAUGACUAAGCCAGCUGGUAGGGAUGAUGCUUUCCCCAGCCACACAACUCCAGUGCCACGGUCUCCGACUCCUUCAAAGACUUACAUUUAG